AAUCGAAGUAGGGUUUUGGUCGAGUCCCAAAGAAGGGGGCAGUCGACUGGCUUCCCAGAAAAGGUGUGAAGGAUGGCUUUUGCAAAUAGAAUUGGAAAUCUCCUGAAGAAAUCUGUAACUUCCAGUCCGUCAUUAUAUCAAGUAAUACGAUGCAUGUCAUCCUCAAAGAUUUUUAUUGGAGGGCUUUCAUAUGGCACUGAUGAUCAAAGUUUGAGAGAAGCAUUUACUAGUUAUGGUGAAGUUGUCGAAGCUAGGGUGAUCAUGGACAGGGAAACUGGAAGGUCUAGAGGGUUUGGAUUUGUGACUUUUACAUCCAACGAAGAAGCCUCUGCUGCCAUUAGUGGCUUCGAUGGGAAGGAUCUCCAUGGCCGGAUGGUAAGGGUUAACUAUGCCAAUGAACGAACGGGUGGGUUUCGUGGUGGUUAUGGGGGUGGUGGCUACGGUGGAGGUGGGUAUGGUGGUGGUGGAGGUGGCUACGGUGGCAGAGGAGGUUAUGGCGCUGGUGGAGGUUAUGACGGUGGUAGUGCAAAUAAUUAUGGUGGAGACAACUACAAUACUGGACCUGCUGGCGGAGGUGGUGGUUAUGGCGGAGGUAGCUAUGGAAGUGGUGGUGGUGGUAGCUAUGGUGGUGGUAGCUAUGGAAGUGGUGGUGGUGGUGGUGGUGGCUAUGGAGGUAGUGCUGGAGGAUAUGAUGGUGCCAGUGCUGGUGGUGGUUAUGGUGUUGCCGGGGGUGGUGGUGGCAGUGACAACUACGUAAGUGGAGCGGAUGGUGGUUUUGGCGGAGGUAGUGGUGGUUAUGGACGGAGCAGCGGAUUUUACGGUGGCAGCAGUGGUGGCAAUUACAACGCUGCUGCAGGUGGUGACAGCAAACCACAGAGCAGUAACUUUGGCAAGGAUGAUGUUGGCUAUGGUAAUGACAAUCAGGAUGACUUGCUGGAGGACGACUUCAAGGGUGAUAACGACGAUGAGCCUGAUGACUACGCCAACAAGCAAAGCUAAUGAGGAGCUUCAAUGAUCAGUAGUAGGAGUAAUAAGGUCAGGUAAUUGCAACUUCAGAGUCAUUAAGCUCCAAGUUUAUACGAGAAACCUAAAUCUGUGAACUCUGAUCUUUUGGCAGAGUGUAACUGCAUCUCCGUUGCUCUUUUCAUUUAGUGGCACAAACCUAUGGAUCUGAUGAUUCAGUCAGAUGUUUCUCUGUCGUCGUAUUACUGUUCUUGAUGCAUCUGAUAUGCUGCAUGUAGUUUGGAACGAGUUCUAGUAGUGUUUGAAGCCAGCAUGUUUGAAUAUACGCGUAGUCGCAAUUGGCUAUUUUUGCUUGCUUAA